AUGGCAUCUUGUCGCGACUUGCUUGAGAAUACCCAUGUCGCCUUUUGUUGCAUCGUCAUGUCUCUCCUUCCCAUCAAUCCCGCCGACUUUCCGGACGUGCCUACCAAGAAGGCACUGAUAGCCAUCGACUUUCAGAACGAUUUCUUGGCUGAUGAUGGCGCACUGCCUGUCAGCCAACCGGAUGGCAUGAUUGCCAAUGUCCUCAGGCUGGCCGACGCCGUUCGGAACUCCGGCUAUGGUGAGGUGGUUUGGGUCCGCAGCCAGUUUGACACCAGCCGCGCGGUUGGCGAGCAGCAGAUGAUGGCCGCCGACCACCCUCAGCUGCCAAACAGACCAGGAGGCUCCGCGGCGGCUGCGGCUGCCCGAGCCCGAGCCUCCCGCCUAUCGCCGGGGCCCGCUGCGACCCCGGAAGCCGACCCGGAGGCCUUUCUUAGCGAAGUGAACGGGCAGAGCGCUCAGGCAAAACCGCAGUGUGUCCGGAAAGGCACCAAGGGCGCGGAGCUUUUCCCUGAACUGGCAGCAGCUAAGGGCCCGAGGGAUUAUGCCAUGACCAAGACAUAUUACUCGGCCUUCCAGUCUGGACAGCUUCUGCAACUUCUCAGGAGGCAUUUCGCGACCGAACUCUACAUCUGCGGGGCCUUGUCUAAUGUCAGUGUCUAUGCGACGGCACUGGCGGCGAGUAGCUAUGGAUUUGAUAUCACCAUCGUGGAGGACUGCUGUGCUUACCGUAGCGAGGCAAGACAUUUGAACGCGACGAGAAAACUGGCCGAGAUGACCGGUUGCGAGUUCGCAACAGUCGCCGAAAUCGUGCCUACCCUACGACCGAGACCGCAGUCAAAAACUGAUCGCGGCGGCGAUGGCAGGGAACAGGCUCGGUCCCAGCAAGGGCAUAACCAAACCGUGCCGGUAAAAACGAAACCCGUCAACAUGGACAAGGCAGAUUUCGUCCCCUCUGAAGGACUACUGACGGCCGAGACGCCUGUUAACCAAAGGACGGGCCCUUAUCCUGCUGGCACCAACAAAGAGUCCAAGGUUCCAGAGGAUCCAGCAGACAGUUCCACUGGCUCGGUGCCAAGUACCGAUGCAUCCAACGAGGCCGAGAAGCUUUGCGAAGGCGAUACGUCCAUGAUUCACUCGUUCCUCCCAGACUCGCUCACCCCCGGCCUCUUCGAGCGACUGUGCUCUGAAGUUUACUUCCAGAAGAUGAUGCAUCAAGGUGGUGAGGUGCCACGUUUCGUCGCCGUGCAGGGCGAAAUACUGGAAGAUGGCACGCAGCCCAUCUACCGACACCCUAGCGACGAGACACCACUUUGUGUACCGUUCACACCAGCCGUUGAAGCCAUUCGGACGCAGGUUGAGGCCAAAGUAGGCCACAAGGUCAACCACGUGUUGAUUCAAUGCUAUCGAAACGGGAACGAUUAUAUCAGUGAGCAUAGUGACAAGACCCUGGAUGUCGCUCCCGGCUCUUACAUAGCGAAUGUGAGCUUGGGCUCAGAGAGGACCAUGGUCUUCAGGAAGAAGCGAGAUGCUUCGACCGAGAAGGAACCUCCUGCUAAAGAAGACAAGGAGAGAUCUCCGCCACCUGCGGCAACCGACGAAGCGGUGGCACCUGCUAUCGGAGAAGAGCCGUCGCCAUCCAAACGACAGACCGUCCGCUGCCGUAUGCCACACAACUCGCUUAUCCGAAUGGGUCUUGCCACAAACAGCAAGUGGCUGCAUGGCAUCCGACCCGACAAGCGGCCCACCUCACAGAAGACCGACGCCGAACUUGCUUUUGGCGGAUAUCGCAUUAGCCUGACCUUCCGCCACAUCGGUACAUUUCUGUCUCCUACGGAAGAUGUCGAUGAACCGGUCAUCUGGGGCCAAGGUGCCGUGUCAAAAACCAGGGAUGGAGCCAGACCGGUCGUCAAUGGGCAGACACCAGAAGCUGUUACCAUGCUGAAAGCUUUUGGAAAGGAGAACCACUCCAGCGAGUUCAAUUGGAAGGAAACUUAUGGCGCCGGAUUUGACGUCCUGCACAUGAAGGCGGCACCACGAUACUUUGGCUGCGGCGACACGAUGGUGGAUGGACGCGUCAAGAUCAUGCUAGCCGAGCUAGGGGUUAACUAUGCGCAUGGCUCUAUCGGUACCGGAAAACGGAACAAGUCCCGUCAUGGUGAUGCAACAGAUGUUGUGCCGGUGAAGUUUGUCCUGGACGAUUCUGACCGGACGACCAUCACUGGCGACGUGGCCAUCAUGCUCUACCUCGACGCGCGGUACCCCAAGAAAAAGGGCAACGAGGCCUACAUGGCUAGGAUAUUUACUCGCUUCCAAGCCGCGAUCGCCCUGGGCCAGAAGUGGACAGCCCUCAAGAUGGGGGGUGCCCUCGCCCCCGAUAUUCCCAACGAGGAGAAGGUCAGCCUGAUCUCGGAUUUCGCGAGGGCCAACUACGUCCAGUUCAACGACUGGAUGGCCGAGAACCUCUUCCCGCUAUGGGGUGACGGUGCCGGCGACGAGCACGGCGACAUGUUCUUCGCGGGCAACAGCGACGGCCAGCCGCCGCAGCCCACCAUAGCCGACUACGCCUUGUGGCCCGUCCUGUACGACAUCACCGAGACGUGGAGGGCGGCGGACCCCCGGUUCGAGCAGUCCUGGACCCAGCGCGCGCGAUACACAGCCCUCGAGAAGUACUGGGUCGACUUCGCGGGGCGCAAGAGCGUUGUCAAGGUCUUUGGCUUGGAUGUCGCCUGGCUCUCCGCGCCUGGCUCGAUCCCUGCUUCGGACAAGAGCCAGCUGGACAAGGAGCCAGCAAUACGUGAGCACAGGCCGAACGACGAAGACGUGAAAGGAAAAGAAAAAGAAAAGGCGGGUACAGAAAAUUCUGGGUCCAAGGAAAAAGAAGAGGAAAAGUGA